UCCCGGUGCUCGCUUCUCGCUUUUCCUGUGCUAUAGUUGUGUCGUCUGAAGGCGUGUGCUACGGCUUUUCACUCUGUUUAAAAAUGUCCUUUUUUUAAUACUUAUUUGGUCACUCAAACUUUCCUAUAAUUUAAAACAAGUUAAUGUCUUACAAUCCCUACGCUGCUCUUGCAGAGAAUAGUUCUGUUUUAAAGGCCCCUUCUCCAGUUGUGUCUGCAAAGCAUAAUACUGCUAGCAAAGUUAGUCCCGCUUUAAAACAGCAAGCUUCUGCUGUUGAAAAAACUAAACCGGUGACAAGAGCGAAUUUUCGUUCUGCUAGGAAUAUAGCCCCUCAAAACCAUUCUACUCUAGAACGACCAGGCGAAAGAAAAAAACCCGUUAAUAAUAAAUUCCAGAAGGGACCUUCAACCUUUAGACAUAAUAAAAACACUGACAGAUUCGCAAACAAUAUACCACUUCCUAAUGAAUUGAAUGAUGCAACAAAACCUUCAGGCAGAUUGAGCCCGGAACAACUGGACAAAACUUCGGGUGAUGUAAUUGGUGAUCUUACGGAGGAAGCGCUACGUUCUAAGGAACUAAAUAGGCGCCCAUACAGGCCCCGCAAUCGAGGAGUUGAGGUGAAAGAAAGACAUUCAAGAGGAGGGCCUGGCACUGGUAUGAAAGAGUACGCUAAACGAGGUGGCGCCCGUCGCGGGGAUUGGGGUAGGAAUGACGAUCCGGCCCUUCAGCAAGGAGAUAGUCUCAGCCAGCCGGAUGCCACCCCCAACGUACCUUCUUUGCCAAGGGGUUUGCCUGAAAGGCCUGCAGAGGCUGAGGGCCAAACGUUAACUUUGGCAGAGUACAAGGCGAAGCUUGCCUCUAGGAAGGUUGCUAAGGGUGCUCCCGGCGUAGGAGAGCUGAACCCGGAUACAGAGCCUCAGGCGCUCCAGGGAAGCCCCCAGAGCCAAGCAGACGCAAGCUCCUAUACUAAGCAGCGAAAGGAAAGACUCAGAAGGGAUCCUAAAAGAGAAAAUGUGGAGGCGUCCUUCUCUGUUCGACCCGAAAGCAAGGGGACCCAAGGGAGGCGCCCCCGGGGACCGAGACCUCACCGCAGAGAGUUGAAUACCAACAGCAGGGUUGUCAGCAAGAGCCCGGAAGCCCCCGACGUGGAGUGCUCUGUUGCCUUCCCUACCCUAUAAAUCUUGGUGGUGAUCUUAGCUUGCACUGUACUCAAUAAAA